CAACUUGACGCACAUUAUCCCGUCCGUCUGUCCGUCUGCGUGAGGUUGCGUUUAAAAGUCUCACGUCGCACGGCCACCGCGUGCAGCGUCUGCCUGCGCUUCCCGCGUGCAUGCGCGCACGCCAGUGAGUCAGCUUGAGAGGGGAGAGCGCGAGAGAAAAGAAAAAGAGAGAGAGAGAGGGAAGGUAGCAGGCGCGAGGGGAGAGCGGAGGAGCGCGAGCGAGCGAGCGACACAGCGCUAUGAAAUUCAUCUGUGCGUUUAGCCUGCUGCUGCUCUUCCCAGCGCUGAGCCUCAACAGCAGACAGACCUAUGAGGGCCUGGAGCGGAGGCUGAAGGAUGUCUUUGCGGAGAGGACGGGGAUCCUGCGCCAGCUCUCCAAGACGUCUAAGGAGCUUGACGGGAUCAAAGGCAACCUGCAGUCCCUGAAGAAUGACGACACCGUGGCCAAGAAGGACGUGCAGAGGGUGCUGGAGCUGAGCCAGAAGCAGAGGGAGGAGAUGAAGUCCCUUCAGGCAGCCCUGCAGAAGCAGCUGGAUGAGGCCACAGAGAGAGCAGAGAAGCAGCAGGCCACGAUCAAUUUCCUGAAGACAGAAAUGGAGAGGAAGAGCAAGAUCAUCAAAGACCUCCAGCAGGAGAACAAAAGUCUGAAGAGCAAGCUGCUGUCCGGGAGCAAGCUGUGUGGCAUCCAUGCUGAGGAGUCGAAAAAAAUCCAGGCUCAACUGAAAGAGCUGCGUUAUGGAAAAAAGGAUUUGGUAUUUAAGGGACAGCAGCUCAUGGACCUGGAGCGCAAGCUUCUGGCCUCCAAGGAGGAGUUGGAGAAGACUGCUUUGGACAAGGAGUCCCAGCUGAAGGCUCUGAAGGACACCGUGCACCUCUGCUUCUCCUCAGUGCUGCAGAGCCACCCGCCCAGCAGCCACGCCCUCCUGGCCGCCCCCUCCCACCUGGCCAGGUUCUCUGCCCUUGCCAACAGCUCCAGGGUCACCUUCCAGCAGCCACACGCCAAGAAUAUCCCAAAAAUACUGAGGAUCGUUACAAGUAAAGCUCCCUCUAAAGCGGAGCCGAUGAAGAGGGACACCCCAGAGGCCAAGGACUGCCAGUCGGAAAAGGUUGACAAGAUUUGCUCUCAAAACCAGACUGAAAAAUGGUCCCCUGUGAGUAAAACAGCAGCGCUGAACCUGAAUAACCAGGAGAAAUCCCACGGGCAGCCGAAAGGAGGAAAUGACAUCAUGAAGCUGCCAGAAGAUGGAGGAGAGCAGAAGGGAGGGGAGGAGGAGGAUCACAACUGAAGCAAUAGAGGAUGAGGAGGAGGAUGACAACGAUGAGGACGAUGGAAAAGUGGCUGAGGAAAUAAUGUUCCACGGACUGUCUGUAUGCUGUCAGUGAUGUCAGUUUGAUUCAGUGUAAUACAAAAGCAUGCAACUGACCCUGCCCCUUUAUCAUAGACCCCGCUCCUUCACCCUGACCCCCGCCCCCCCCACGGGUCUGGCUCAGUCCCGCCUACAUUCCCACUGAAUCACUUCCAGACCUGUCUGCUCACACAAGACACAAGCACACACAACAUGGUCAUGUGCAAAACACAUUCCCGAUCUUUUGAGGAAAGCCCCACCUCCUGCUGGCCAUGUCUGGACUUUGAUGGUGGAACUAAUACAUAGCAGUGGCAUGUUCUCGAGCGCUCCUUGUCGCUGGGGGCGUCUUUCUACCAGACUUUUGUUGUACAGUUCGUCUGCAUUUGCUUCUUUAGUUGUUUUUGCUCAGUGCCAGGAAAAUAUUUCAUGUUUUAUAAUGCUUUCAAACAAACCUUUUGUAGCUCAAGUCCAGCCAUAAGAGGAAGGUGCUUUUAGACUAAGUAGGGAUGGACCUCGACCCUUCUGAUCUUUGACUGGCAUUAAAUGUACUACACGUUUUGAAUGAUAAUUUUAAAAAGGUAUUGAUUAAAAAAAAUAAUUGCAAAGCAGGAGGACUGACUUCUGUUCUGAGACCUGUUUAAAGAGUGUUCCGGUAGUUUAGUGUUUUGGACUCACAGAAAGAGCUCUUUCCUCCUUUGAUGUAGGCCACAGACAGGGCUGGCCAACUUUCGACGUUUAUUUUUCCGAAAAAUUAUUUGCCUUUAAUGUGCCAAAGGUAAAGAAUGAAAACUCACAAUGAGUCUUUUCACUGAGAACUAUGUGCCAUGCACUGACUAUGAAGCUAAUCUAAGCUACUCUCUCUUUCUGUGUUACCUGAUCUAUCUGUGUCCGUCCAAUAAAAGACUGAUUAUUAAUAUUGUGUGAAUCACCACAUCCGUGUAAUUUGGCUAAGAAUAAAUGGAUUGUUGCAAAA